UAUCACUUUGUCGCGCUUUGCUUGGUCGCGUUCGGUGACGUCACCACGUCGGUGAUGACGUCUAUAAGUGAGCGGCACCGUUUCAGAUUGGAAUGGGAGCUGGCGAUUUUUCCCCUAUUUUGAUCGUUUAAUCCGUGAAUGGCGCCGAAACAGGACCCGAAACCUAAAUUUCAAGAAGGUGAAAGAGUGCUGUGUUUUCAUGGGCCAUUGCUCUACGAAGCUAAGUGUGUUAAGAUAAACGUCAAAGAGAAACAAAUCAAGUACUUCAUUCAUUAUAGCGGGUGGAACAAAAAUUGGGACGAAUGGGUUCCUGAGAGUAGAGUGCUGAAGUAUGUGGACAGCAAUCUGCAGAAACAGAAAGAGCUUCAGAAGGCCAACCAAGACCAUUAUGUUGAAGGAAGAAUGAGGGGUGCUGCACCGAAUAAGAAGAUACCUGCUACUUCACAGAAAAACGACGUGAAAACCAAAAAGAACAAACAAAAAACUCCUGGUCCAGGAGAGGGGCCGAGUUCAGGAGGGGACCCAGCCCAUCCUCCGCGAAAGAAAAGGGCUCGUGUUGACCCCACUGUUGAAAGUGAGGAGACCUUCAUAAACAGAGUGGAAGUUAAAGUCAAAAUCCCUGAAGAGCUGAAACCUUGGCUCGUAGAUGACUGGGAUUUGAUUACUCGACAAAAACAGCUCUUCCAUCUGCCUGCUAAGAAGAACGUUGAUGUGGUGCUUGAAGAUUACGCAAAUUACAAGAAAUCGAGAGGAACCUCUGACAGCAAGGAGUUUGCCGUGAGUGAAGUUGUUGCUGGAGUGCGGGAAUAUUUCAACGUUAUGCUAGGCACGCAGCUGCUCUACAAAUUUGAAAGGCCACAGUACGCAGACAUCUUGGCCAACCACCCAGAUACAUCCAUGUCACAGAUCUACGGUGCCCCCCACCUGUUAAGGCUCUUUGUGCGAAUCGGAGCCAUGCUGGCUUACACUCCUCUGGAUGAGAAGAGCCUAGCACUGCUGCUCACCUACCUGCAAGAUUUCCUCAAGUACCUCGUCAAAAAUUCAGCGACGCUCUUCAGCGCCAGCGACUACGAGGUGGCUCCACCCGAGUACCACCGCAAGGCUGUUUGAGCUUUGCAAAGUAAGGGAGAGGAACUUGGAUCAGGAAGUGUGGCUCAUCAAGGAAGUCUCAGACCAACUUGUCAAGUUUCUUUUGUUUGGAAAGCUGCUCUUCCUGUAUUGGUAUUUUUAAAUUUUUUUGUUUCCGUUUUUUUUUUUUUUUUAAUACCACCGUUUGGUUUCUAUCACAGGUCUUUUGACAAGGAACUUCAACAUUUCACCUCUUGAUUCUUUAUUUUUGUUCACAUACAGUCAUGAUUUUCUAAUAAAAGUACUUCAUUUCUUCA